UCAAACCACGUGAUCAGCACUGUCAUGGCUGCUCCCCUGUUUCAUGCGUGGUCUUAGCUUCGACUGAUUGUAGUUUUAUGUGUGGAGAAAUUACAUCAAGUAAAGGAAAAUGAAGACGCAUAAGAUGAAAUCCAGGAACAACCGUGUCUCCUCUGGGCUAAAGAAACCCCUAAAACGGAGUAUCAACACAAGAGGCGACUGGAAAGCUGUUGAGCUUGAUCCAAGUCUCUUCUCCGAGGAAGGUUUGGAGGGUUUGGUGUGUUUCGAAGAGCUGACAAAUUACUGUAUGGUUGACAGCAAGAAGGCUGCAGCAAAAGAAUUGAAGACAGAAAAGAAAAAAGCAAAUAAACGAAAAGUUUGCGAGUCCGAGGAUGCUGGAGAGAAGGGAAAUGCGGGGAGCAAAGAGGAAGAGAAGAAAGCUGAACCAGCCAAGAAAAAAGCCAAAAAGAAGAGGAAAAAUAAGAAAGCAAAAGAAUCAGUAAAAUCUGAUGAUAAUAGUAAAGAAGACUUGGUAGGAGAGGAUAAACGUCCCAGUGAGGAGGGAGAACAUAAUGAGGUGGCAAAUGAAGUCACUGCUAAAGAGUCAUCUGAAAUCUUUCAGAAUAACACACAACCAAGUGAAAAGCAGAAAGACAAGAAGAAGAAAAAGAAAUCAAGGCAGCAGACUGAUAAGACUGCAGUCACAGAGGAGCAGCCACACCUGGAAUCUUCAUCAGUGAAAGAAAAAUCCAGUCAAUAUAAAUUGCCAAAGCCCCCCAAAAAGCAGGCAAAGAAUUGGACAAAUGCAGCACUCUCUGGUUCAGAUGACAAAAAUUCUGAUGUGAGUGCUUGGAAGGACCUGUUUGUUCCCUCUCCUGUGCUGAAGGCUCUGAGCAGUCUUGGCUUCAGUUCACCCACACCAAUUCAAGCCCUGGCUUUGCCUCCAGCUAUCAGAGAUCAUAUGGAUAUACUGGGGGCAGCUGAGACUGGCAGUGGUAAGACAUUGGCCUUUGGUAUUCCCAUGAUUCACACCAUCCUGGAGUGGAAGAACUGCCCAGAAAAAAUUGUUGAUGACAACACAGAACCAGCCUCGGAGGACGUAGGCGAGUCCACAACAGAAGGUGACCAAGAUGGUGAUGUGGAGGCAUCAGAAGAAGAGGAUGAAGGGCCUGCGAAUCAGAUUCAAGAAGACUCUGCUGAAGAUGAGCAUGACAUUGAGGAUGAAGAUCAGGAUGUGCAGCUUGGUUGUGUUAAAGUGGUUGAACAUGCAGAGUUUGAUUUUGAAGACAAACCUGCUUGUGACCAGAAUCGACCUCUCCUUGGAUUGGUUCUCACUCCCACCAGGGAGCUGGCUGUUCAGGUCAAACACCACAUCGAUGCUGUGGCUAAAUUCACUGAUAUCAAAACAGCCAUAGUGGUUGGUGGAAUGGCACAACCAAAACAAAGGAGGAUGCUAAAACACAGGCCAGAGAUCAUUAUUGCCACUCCAGGCCGGUUAUGGGACUUCAUCAAGGAGGGACAUCCUCAUCUUCUCAACCUCCGACAGCUUAAGUGUUUGGUCAUUGACGAGGCCGAUCGCAUGGUAGAAAGAGGCCACUUUGCAGAGUUGGAGAAUCUGCUGGAGAUGCUGAACACCACACACUUUAAUCCCACCAGGCAGACUUUUGUGUUCUCUGCCACUUUGACAAUGGCUCACAGCCUUCCCACCCGCCUCCUUCAGAAGAAGAAGAACCUAAAUAAGAUGAGCAAACUGGAAAUUCUGAUGGAGAAGGUGGGGAUUAGGUCCAAACCCAAAGUCAUUGACCUCACCAGGAAGGAAGCCACUGUGGAGUCACUGACUGAGACACAAAUCCGCUGUCAGAAGGACGAGAAGGACUUCUACCUGUAUUAUUUCUUGCUUCAGUAUCCUGGGCGCACCAUGGUGUUUGCCAACAGCAUCGAUUGCAUCAAGAGACUGAACUCUCUGCUCAUUAUCUUGGACUGCACUCCUCUGCCUCUACAUGCCAACAUGCACCAGAAACAACGCCUCAAAAAUCUGGAAAGGUUUGCUGAGAGGGAGAGUUGUGUUCUUCUGACGACUGAUGUAGCAGCAAGAGGACUGGACAUCCCCGAUGUUCAACAUGUUAUUCACUACCAGGUUCCAAGAACUUCAGAGACUUAUGUCCAUCGGAGUGGCAGAACAGCAAGAGCCACUAAAGAGGGUCUCAGCUUGCUGCUGAUAGGCCCAGAUGACGUUAUGAACUUCAAAAAGAUUUACAAGACUCUCGGAAAGGAUGAGGAGCUUCCUGUGUUCCCUAUAGAAGCCAACUGCAUGGAAGCUAUCAAGGAGCGAGUAAACCUGGCCAGAAAGAUAGAAAAGAUCGAGUUCUACAACAGCAGAGAAAAGCAGCAUGACUCCUGGUUCAGAAAAGCAGCAGAAGCCCUGGAGGUGGACUUGGAUGAUGAUCUUCUACUUGGUGGUGCAAAAGACGAGGAGGCUGACAGAGGGCAGCAGAAGAUGGUAAAGGGGAUGAAGAAGCAUUUGAAGCAUUUGGUUUCCCAACCUAUAUUCAAGAAUGUGAUAAAGACCAAGUACCCCACUCAACUGGGAAAGCUCCCCCUUCCCAUGAUCCCUCGUGCAGGAGUGGAAAGUGCCCUGACCAGAGUUUUGGUGCAAAAGAACAAACAGAAGUUAAAGAAAAAUGUUCCACCACAGCGAAAGAAGCAGAAGACAGAAAAGCAGAAGUGACACCUUUAUGGAAAUGCAAAGUGAUGCAGGCUCUGUAGCCGGAUUUUUCUAUUUGCUAAAUUUAUGUAAAAACAAUUUUAAUCAAUUCAAAUACUUAAUGCAAAUUAUAUUGCAUUUUGGAUGCUGUUGAAUCCCUAUAAAAUGCAAGAUUUUAUAAAGGUCUUCUUUCCCAAGUGUCUUUAAAACCCAUGUUGUAUUUAUUCUGCUAAAAAGUUUCAAUCCCCGAGUAGAGCUGAGUUCCAGUAGACUCCUGGUCAGAGUUGAGGUUGUUGGUAGAGAAUAUUAUAGUGUGACAUUUGGUAGAGGAGAUGCAGUGAUGGUUCAGCACCCUCUGGAAUGAUGUAGUGAGCAAGCUGCUGUUCAUCAGUCUCCAUAGAAACGAUGUGGAUGCCGAUGUCCAAAGCCUGUGUCAGGGCCAGGAUGUCCACAUGAUCGCACUCCAUUGCCAUAACCUCCACUUCCUGAGUGAGAACAUAAACUUAGUGUUUAAUUUUAUAUUAAGCAAAAAGAUUAAAAAGUAUCACUAGAUGGCAGGAAAACAUUACUAACCUGAUGACAGUAGACUUCUAGAUCAGGUGCCUCCACAAAGUUGCAAAAGAAGUCUGUGUGGAUUUGUAGGUGUGCUGAAGUGAGCAGCCUGAGAUACUGUACCACACUGUCAGAGACUACCUGCUCAUUGAAGAGCAUGAACAGCGUGUUUUCCUUCUCACCAGCCUGGCACUGCUCCACAACAUUUACAACCUGCAGUGAAAAUAAAACAAUAAGGUCCUCUCACAUUUUCCAUCAUUAAAACUCUUUUCAAAGUAA